UACAUUAUUAUUCCUAUGUAAGAGUACUUACAAAAUAUCCUGUAUACUGGAUCUAGGUUCCGUUGAUUUGCAAUGAGUAUCAACGAUUGACAUACAAAUAUAUCCUCUUUAAAUUGAUAUUCUGAUUGUAAUGGUGGAUACCUAAAUAGACCGAUAGACAAAGGAGAUAUUAUCUUGAGAUUAAUAUGAGUAGACAGGUAGAUUCUCUCAGUGAGAAAUUUCCAAAUCUUAAAAUCUCCACAAUAGGUGUGACUGGAAAUGAUCAAAUUAGAAAUAAGAAAGGUCUAAGAGGUAGAACCUCGACUAAACAUGAAGGCUUAAAACAUUCAAAUGACGAGUUCAAAAUGAAAUAUGAGACGAAAGAUAUUUCUAGAAAUUCAUCGUUAUUUUUGACAGAUGACGUCCAUAGAAACAAUAAAUGUUCCAUUACUGGUGAAUUAGUAUCGGUAGUAGGUUCAGACGCAAUUUCACAAUGGAUAUUUGAUCAACUUUUGAAUAUCUCAAGAGAAGAAAGACAUCAAGUUGAAUUCGAAUUGAAAUUUGGAAGGAUUGAAGAUAAACAUACCAAGAGAAGAAUUUUUUCAAAAUUACGGUCUGAACAAUUAAUUUUCAAUAGUUCCACAGUUUCCUUCAAUCUGGGAAUGUUUGAACUGGAUUGGAAGGAACUACAAACCCUGAUGUGUGACUUUGAGGGACUAUUGGAUUUGUGUAAGAUCACCAGUAGUAUUACGGACACUAUGUAUAAUACAAGGAUAGAGGGUAAGGGCAAAGAAAGUGUUCGAAUAUCUGCGGAUAAUCUUGUGAAUCCCAAGACAUACAAUGGAAUAGUGAAAGAGAAGAAGUCUAACUUGCUAGUUUACUGUCCGACUUCUAAGUAUGAUUUCAGAUUAACUCUUUCACUCGAGAGACCGGUCCCUCAAGAAGAAAUUAAAUCGAUUCAAAAUGGCGAUUGUUCAUACAUACGACACAAGAAAAGAACUUCAUUUAUUCAUUCGCCAACAAUUACAAGGUUUGAUAUAACGAAAGUUGAGAGUAAAAAACCUGUACGAAACUCAGAGGGGAAACUUAGAAUGAUUAGACUACCUAAGACUUUUGAAGUUGAACUUGAAAUUGAUCUGGAAAUUUUAUUUGAUGAGAUUCGAAAGGAUGGAGCAGAAUACAAAGUAGAUGAAGUACCCUCUCAGAUAGGAGAGCUAGUGGAGCUGUUCUUUAACAAUGCUAGGAUCCUCAACGAAAUAGUCAAGAAAAGUAGCAGGGAAAGAAAGAAGGGAAGUGGUCCAAAAAGGGUAAAUACCCAAAGAGAAACCGGAAGAUAAUUGAAGAUAUAUGUACCUUGCCUUUUUUAAUACACAAGGUAAAAGAUAUGAAGCUCCAUAUUUAUUCGACUAGGAGUGUCACCGACCCCAUAAUAAUUUUCAUUUUUCACAGCACUGCGAUGUAAACUUAAAAAAUGG